UCUAAAUCAUGGGUUUAGGACCGAGCUCCCAGUGUAAGAUACGGCAAUGUUCUCAGUGUCAUAGGGACACAGAAUUCUACUGUAACACUUGUAAACAAGACCUGUGUCUACAGUGUAAAGAGAGACAUGUUACUGAUCUAGCUACUAUAUAUCAUGAUGUUGUGGCUCUCCGAGAAAAACAUGACUCUAUUCAAAAACAGGAGAGUUGUGUGAAACAUCCAAACAAAAUUCAUAGUCAAUUUUGUUAUUCUUGUGACAUUCCUGUCUGUGUCAAAUGUACAGAACACAGGGAACAUGAAAGAUUGGACAUAAGAUUAGCAUAUGAAGCAAAGCUUCCACAGUGUGAAGAAUUUCUAUUCAUCACUAGAAAUGAAACUUUAUAUAAGAGCUAUUUUCUCCUUGCAGAAAUCAGAUCUGAUCGAAAAACCUUUCCCAAAGUAAUCUCCAACUUCCAAACAAAGAUGUCGGCAAAAGGUCAAAAUUUGAAGGACCUCUUUGACACAGUGAUAUGUGAUGUUAAAAUUAGACGUAAAUGUUUUAUUUAUAGAUUGCAACACCAGAUCCGAACAAUGAACCGCCACCUUGCCAGCAUUGAGAACUAUGAACACAGAUAUGAACACUCAGCAAACAAACCUGUAGAAUUUCUCGUGUACCUGAAGAAAUCAUUCUCCCAAAGAAUAACAGGACCUACUUAUCUUCAAAAACAUGCCCUGGUCCCCCUUUGUGCCAAAAUAAACACGGAUUCAUAUGCCUUGAUAACGUUACUGGGUCAAAUCCAACUGAGAGAGACAAGAAAAAGACAAAUAAAAAAGGAAAGUUUACUAAAACUGAUAUCCUCACCCGUGUUAUAUAAAACUGUGGGAGUGAAAGGAGUUAGGGGUAUAACACACAUAUCCCAUGUGACAUCUGACCGAUUCUGGAUCAGUGAUAAAUACAAUCUUAUCUUAACAAACGUAGAAGGUGUCACGCUAAAUCGUUUGGCUGAUAUGGGUAGGUAUAGCUGGAGUUGUGGACUACACACUGUAAACUACGCAGGUGAUCUUAUUUAUAUUGACGAGGAUUAUAACAUCAGAAAACUGUCUAAAGAUAACAGAACAAAGUCUACACUGAUAAAGAAAACAAAACCAUGGGUGCCACGUUGCGUCUACUGGUCUCCCUCCACCGGGGACUUGCUGGUCGCUAUGUUCAAUUCCGAUACAAAGACAGCCCAGGUUAACCGUUACAAUGACAAAAGAGAACACAUACAGACAAUGCAGAACAACAACACAGGUCGGGAACUGUAUAAAGGACCUGUAUACAUCACAGAAAACAAUAACGGAGAUGUCAUUGUGUCUGACUAUUUCCGUGGUGUUGUGGUGACACAAGAUGGAGAUAAACAUCGCUUCUCCUACACAGGUCCUCCAUCAGGAUCACGACUUUAUCCACAAGGAAUCUGUACAAACUCCCUUUCGCAUAUCCUGGUGUGUGAUUGGUUCAGCAACAGUAUUCAGAUGAUUGACAAAGAGGGCCACUUUUUAACACUGAUACAGACACUGCAACAGGAUAUACACAGACCAAGAAGCCUGAGUUAUGAUAAUAAAACUCGUCAUCUGUGGGUUGGUUCAGACAAUGAUAAUACAAUUUAUGUAUACAAAUGUAUAGAGAGAGAGCUUUCUGAAAACUAAUUGUAGAUAAAUUGACAUACUAUAG